AUGGGUAUCUCAGACCAGUCCUUUCCGGAUUAUUACUCCCGUUAUCUCGCCACCACACUUGGACGUGAUAAGCUGCUGCGUCUAGUUCAGUAUGCGUCUCAAGUGUGCUCCUGGUUCCUCAGUAUUCGAGGCCUCGACCCCGCUGGCUGCAACCGAAUCAAGGGCCAUAUGUCGUUGACGCGCAAGGUCCUGCGCCUGGGCAAGACAGUCGACUUCUGGUUCACGGCUCUGGACGCCACGAAGCGCGCGGGAUUUACCGAAUGGGCGGUGCCUCAGUUUGUCUCCAUCGCUAAAUCUCUGGCCUUGAUGUGCUAUUGCACCCUCGACGCGGCUACGCUCCCAGAGGCAAUGGGCUUCCCUGUCCGUAAACACACGAAGAAGCUCCAGAGGCAGGCCAUCAGGUUCUGGUGUCUCGCUAUCAUUUGCAGCCUCGUUGUCCGGAUACACGUUCUAUACACGUCUCCAAAGGUCCAAAAGGAGCCUGCUACCGAAAAGGAGGCCAAAAAGUCCGAGACAGAACAAAGCAAGAGAUGCUCCUCCGAGUGUCUCCCGCCUCUUCCAACGAACCCUUAUGCUGACAUUUAG